UGUUUAUUCCUACUGGGAGUACUCACUUUCAACUAAUUUGCCGAUUAUUUCUAUGACUAUUAUGGUGAAUUUGUUGGAUACUUUUUCAAUGUUGAAUUAAUCAAUAAAUAGUUUAAUAAACGUAUACAAAAGUAAUUGUCAGUACAUGAAUUUAUAAUCAAUUGUUAAUCUAAAGUUUUAUUCAACAUGUACUUGCUAACAGUUCACUGUAGACGAUUAAAUCAUUACACAAAAUUAUUACGUACACCGGCUGUAUCUGCAAUUUACAACCGAUUUGCUGCUUACGAUUCUACUAAAUUUCCAGGAUACAAAGUAGUCUAUGUUUUAGACCAUAUCCAAAGAAUUGGUAGUAUUAACAGAUUAAAAUACCGAAUUUCAAUUAGUACCGCAGUCUUUCUUCCUGUGGUAUAUGGAUUAUUGUCUAUACAUUCAUUAUCCUACGAAACAGCAGUAAUUUUUGCUUUUUAUACAUUGACUACAACUUUAUUUUUCCAUGCUGUUGGUAUAUUUUGCAAUAAUGUUGUUGGUUAUAUUUAUGCGAAAAAUCAAACAAAAGAGGUGAUAGUUUCAUACGUAGACUUUUGGGGAAGAAGGAUUGAUGUCAAUACCAAAUAUGCUGACAUAAAUAUCACAGAAUCAAAUAAUAUCAUAAGGAAAUCGACUUUUAAUGAUUUGAAAAUUGAUUCACACAAUAAAACCCUCAAGUUUUAUAUUAACGGAAAAAUUUUAGAUGAUAAAUUGCUUGAUAAAAUAUGUGGUAUAAAUUUUGAAUAAAUAUGAAUGUAUAUAUAAUUAGUUAUUAAAGCUAUUUUAUUUAUAAAAUAUUUUAUACAAGUUUAUGACCAUCUAAAAUGGGCAUAAGCACGAUUUAGUUCACAUUGUUUAUGAAGAUUUUGUUUUAUUUUAACAACACGUCCC